CAACCGUGCAAGGGAGACAACCUGUACUCUUAGUCCGAGAAGAUGUGAAAAAUGAAAGUAAUGGACUCCAAGCAUUAAAGAGUGAUAAUUAUGCCACUUGAAAAGGAUGAGAGCCUCCACCAGUGAUUUAACAUUGUGGAAUAAAUCAGACAUGGAACUACUGUAAUGAAAUGUAAUGAUGCUGAGAUGCUGACUUUGCAGAACUAUACUAUGCACAUGGUGAACGGGUAUUUUAAAUAUUGCUGACCUUACAAUCUGAUAGUGAUAUUGUAUUAUUUAUUGUAUUUAGAAUCAAGACCGGUUUUUUAUUAACUCGGUUUCUGAAAAAUGAUCACUUAGUCUUUUGCUGAUUUUCUAACUGAUAAACUCAAAUUAAUCAGUUAAUUAGAUACCUGCUAAAUUAUCUCCCUUGGGUGUGUUGAUAGAUGGCGCAAUGUGUGUAUUGUCUAUCCAAUCAAUUCGAGCGACCUUCGGGUCAUACACAUUGGCGGCAUUUACAAGAUCUUUUGGUGGGAAUACACAACGCGCCAGGAUUACAGCCACAAAGAAGUGUAGAAAAAAUUUCUGGACAAGGUCUUUCCACUCAAGUGCUGAAGAAAUGUUGGGGUCCAAUCAACUGAAGAAACUUAGAUCUAAAGUGCUCAAUGAAGAAAAUAUCCAGAUUCCACUGAAGCCUGGAAGUAAAUAUACAGUCUCUAUUGAGGGUAAUAUAGGAUGUGGCAAAACCACUCUACUAGAGUAUUUCAAGUCUUCCAAAGUUGUUGAGGCAAUAAAAGAGCCAGUAAGUCAAUGGACAAAUGUACAGGGACAUAAUGCAUUGCAACUGUUAUAUGAAGAUCCAUCCAGAUGGAGUUUUUCAUUUAACAUAUAUGCUCAGCUUACCAGGGUCCAGAUGCAUACAAAACCACAUAAUAAGCAGGUCAAAAUGCUAGAAAGGUCCUUAUUUAGUACAAGACACUGUUUUGUUGAAAAUGAUUACAGAAAUGAGACAAUAAAUGGUUUGGAGUAUGAAAUAUUGAACAAAUGGUUCGAGUAUCUGACUGAAAUGCCUGGCACUGGAGUAGAUCUUAUUGUUUACUUGAGGGCUGACCCCAAGGUUUGUUAUGAACGUAUUAAGAAAAGAUCUCGAAAAGAGGAAGCUGGAGUACCUUAUAAAUUGAUAGAGGAUUUACAUAAUCUACAUGAGGAAUGGCUAGUUAGACAAAGCUGUGGUAAACUACCAGCCCCUGUAUUAGUUUUAGAUGCAAAUAAUGAGUACCAGCAAAUGACUCGUAUUUAUGAAGAGAAAAGACAGGAAAUUUUGUGUGGCGUAAGUGCAUGAUAAAAACCUGACUUAGUGUGUGAAAUAGACCUCAUAUCAGACUUAAAAUCUGUGAAAUGUAGAAUAUUUCUCACUGAAUGUUGUGGCUUAGUUUGUCUUUGGAGCGAGUUGUGUGUUAUGUCAGUAUACAUAGAUAUGUGAAAGUAAUUUUCAAGAUUGACUUUAAGAUUGCUAGCCGAAAGUGAUGUGUUAAGGAAAACUAUUGAAAAGGAAUUCAUACUGAGAAGGAAACACUCGUAUACAAAUAUAGUCUCAGGACAUAGUGAUUUUUUUCCUUUGGACAUUUCUUUGUGUGUUAUAGCACAUUUUAAAAUGACCAUUCAUAAAUCAAAAUCAAUCCUAAACAUGCAACAUUUCUUUAGAGAAAGCUGUGAGUUAUUGCUAGACAAUUAAGAGCUAUACCAAACAGAUGUGAUACAAAACUAGAGGAAGAAUACUUUUUUGUGAAUUCAGAAAAAAAGGGUACAAUUAUGUGUUCGAUCCAAGUUAUAUUUAUAAAUUUCAAUACUGAUCUCUCAGGACUUAUGUGGAGUGUUCAUUUUAUUGCUUGCAUUUUAUUCAGAUUUUACAUUUUACAUAUAUAUAUACUGCUUUUUAAUAGGAAGUUGAAAUCGUUUUGAGCUUUGAAUUUUAUACAGAAGCAUUUUAAUAUUGCCAGAACAAUAUUACCACUGCCAAGUAGUUGUAUUUAUAACAUGUAUAUAACAAUUAUUGAAGGGGCCUUCAAAGCUGAGUGGUGCCAGUCACUCACUUGGAGUUGUCACUAAUUGGUUGAAUUUGUGAGAAACAACGAUUCUUUCUUGUGAGGUAGCUGUCCAGCUAUACCUUACAGAAAGUCAACAUAUGAUUUCUAUUUGGUUUGCUUGUGACUAUUUUAGUAUUGGGGAACUAGGUGUCUCUGCUUUUAAGUAGAAAAUUUACCUUGAUAUAUAUUUUUUCAUUUUUCUAUUACAAAUACAAUUACAUAUUGUUCUAUUACAAAUACAUUUAAUAUAGAGUCAUUGUUGUACAUGUGCUUAUCUGUUUUAUCUGUAAUGAUAAUUUAAAACUUGAUAUUCUUACAUGGCCAAGAAUUACAGGACUUUAUUAUAACAGAUGGUUGUUUAUUUUUUACUUCAAUAUAAUGAUUAUGUAGAAGAAAUGAAAUGAGUAAUGCACCUGUCAGUUGUAACCAAAGUCCUUCCACCCUUUGUGUGAAUAGCAUGGUUUGCCUUGGAUUUAACACUGGCGAGGCAAAGCUGUGUGGAGACAGAUUGUAAAAUACCAACUCAAAGCCUGGCCACCGGCCAUAUGAUUUGGACAUAUCACUGGCUAUUUUGGCACCAAAACAAAGCUACUCAGCCUACUGCAUUGACCAGGUAGUGCUGGAACAGAAGAAACACACAUUUUCCAUGCCCUUCCCAGGAGGCAGGUAGGCCUUGGUUACAAAAUUGUCUGAUGCAUUAUAGAAAACUAAACUAUUUUUCCAUCCUCAAACCAAUCAUUUAAUUUAAAAUACCAUUAAACAUAAUAAAUAUAUCAGUAUCUGUUUAACACAGAUGUCGUGUUUUGAAUGCUAUGAAAGGGUUAAAAUUGUAUGCUACUAUAUAUAUUUCUUGCCAUUUGCCAUCAAAGGUGAGGUGAAAAAAAUGCUCUAUACUAAAAGGAAACAAGAAACUGAGUUGAGUUGCAUAUUUGUAAUCUACAUUUUUGAUGUAGGUCAAUGAUAUAAUUAUGUGUAUGUCUCAUACUUAAGAAUAAUUAUGAACUUUGAAAAUUUAAGUGGUUUUUUUUUUGUUUUUGUUUUCUCUUCAUUCAUCUCAUCUGUAUGUAUAUUUUAUUCCACAUUGUUCUAUUUCCAUGUGUUUUUGUACCAUAAUAUGCAUAAAAUUGCUCUCCUUUUUUUGCAUGUUUUCCUUAAUCAUUUGUUAAUUCCAAAUUAAAUGUGAAAAAAAUGUAUAUAUAAGUAAUUUUUCUUUAAAAUAUACAGAAAAGCAAGCAUCAUCUAUUUUUCAUCAAUCAUUUCAUGCAAAGUAUUUUUUUUAUUGGAUUCCAAUUUACAUCACUUUGAUUUUAUUAUUUUCUCCAAGUAUUUUGAUGUCAAAUUGGGCUUUUGUUUUCUAUUUUAUGUUUUGAUGAUGAAUGUUAUUAUCAUCAUCACUUUUAUGAAAAAUUAUCGGUAAAUACAAUAAUUAGAAUAUUGAUUUAACAGAUUAUCAAGCAUUUUAGCUCAAAAAUAGUAAAAAAUAAAGAUAUGGGAAGUUUCUUAUGUUUUCAAUGUAUUUUACAUUGUUAAUGUUUAUUGUUUAGGAGACUCUUUUUUUAUGUGGUUUGGAUGUUUUUACUGAAAUGGUUUACAAAAUGGUAAACAAUUUUAAUUUUGUAUGUUAAUGCUCAAGUUUGGGACCAUUAUUUCUGGCAGCUAGCUACAAGAUAAAUCCUCUAAGAUGUUUUAUAUCAAUCAUAUACUUUUAUCAGACAAUAUUUCUCCACAUAUUUCAUGUAUUAUUCCAAACAAAUGUGUUAUACAUGUGCUAGGUAAAAUUGAAUUUCUGAAUGGAAUAGGGCACUGAUAUUUUCAGUGCUGAAUGCGUCUUACAUUUGUGUGAAAGUGGCAUGUAUGUUGAUAGUGUAAACUAGUCCCUGUUGUUAUAAAUUCAUCAUGAUUUCUUUACAACACUUUGUCUCUUAACCAUUUUAUUGCUUGUAUCAUUCUUAUCUGUCAUUUCUUUCUUUUUUCUUUUCAUUUAACUUGUGUAUGUCUUUAUUCUGUUUUUCCACCCAUCUUUUAGUUAAACAUAACUUCAUAAUUAUGUAACAAAGUGUUGAAGGUUCAACUACCAAAUUUUAAGAUAAGAUGAAAUUCAUUCUUAAAAUAUAGAUAUCUGAGAUUACUUUGCACCUGAAAGAAUUUUUUUCCCCUAUAUUAUUUUAUGUCCCUAUUUUUAGCUCGUCCAUUUUGAAGAAAAGGUUGAGCUUAAAUGAUCGCUGUGCUGUUGUCAUCAUACUUUAAAUAUUUAUGAAAACAGUUUUAAUCAGAUGAGCCUUAACACCACAUACCGUCACCUUAGUGCAGUAACGAGUUAAGUCCUAAAUUUGAUAGGAGUUAACCAGUGGUAACUGGGUGAUUUUCUUUAGACCGGGUGGUCAAGGAUAACCUACGAAAGUGCAAGCACUUAUUUCCAGUAGGUUCUUUACCUCAGCAGACUCUAGAGACAGUUAUGAGAUACAAGGGAGCCCGGGAACCAGUCCCUAGCUCUUAUUGAAUAGAUCCCUUGGUUCUUUUACAUGCCCAGUGUAUAGCACUGAUACAUGCGAGGAUUACCUGGGUUUCGUACCAGUAAACCUCUAGGUAGGUGGGAAACACUGAAAGUGUCUCUGAAAAAUCCCAAGGGUGUUACCCAGGAUCAAACCCGGAACCUCAGGAGCGACAGUUAGUGGUCUAACCAACUGAUCCACCUAUUAGUGGUUGUACUAAGGUGAUGAUACAGUGAGUGCUCUUGUUGUUUACAAUGUCUGUAUUUAUUGUUUGUAUAGAUGGAAAAGAUGUCUUGUACUUUUUAGAAUUUGUUAAGAAUGACUGUAUUUUUUUGUUAAGAAUGACUGUAUUUGUACAUGUAGUAUGUGUAGAUGGAG